AUGGGGUUAUUCACAUAUGCCAAAUACUUUUCCAGGGCUAUGACAAAGUAUCACACUGCUGUGCCUAAGAUGCAAAUUGCUAAAUACAAUUAUAGGCUAUCAAGUACGAUAAUCAAUCCAUCAGCAUUUCUAAUAAAAAGCCCAGAAUUUCAGACUAUGAUUGCUUCUUUAGGAGGCAUAGAUUCUAUUUCGACAAACGAUGAUGAUGAAGAAUCCAGUCUAAUAAGAACAAGGAAGGAUACCAGAGGCUAA